AACAACCCGCUCAUUCCUGCUUAACCGAGUACAUGUAGAAGCAACUCCAACAGCAAAGCUCUGCAGUUGGAAUCAGAAGCCUGCUGUAGACAAGACCGGGGCAGAACAAGAAGAGAGUCCUGCCAAAGAAAAUGGCACCUCAGACCGUACUAAUCACUGGGUGCUCGUCGGGCAUCGGUUUAGCCACGGCACUCGUGCUAGCCAAAGACGAGCUUAGCAGAUUCAAGGUGUACGCGACAAUGAGGAAUUUGAAGUCCAAGUCCAACCUGGAAAAAGAAGCAGGGGACACCUUGAACAAGACACUCUUCAUCCGGGAACUUGACGUGACCAAAGACCCGACUAUCAAAUCGGUGGUAGACGGGAUUCUGGGAGAAAGCGGGAGAAUCGACGUUCUCAUAAACAACGCCGGCUACAUGUCCUUAGAUGCCAUCGACCAGCGGUCAUUAGAGUGGUGCCAGGCUAUGAUGGAUACCAACUACUGGGGAGUAGUAAGAACAACCAAUGCCGUGUUACCAGCGAUGAAGAAGCAGAUGUCAGGCAGGAUCAUAAAUGUUUCCAGUAUGGCCGGCGUCCGAGCCGUUCCUUUUUAUGCUACGUACUCUGCCGCUAAGUUCGCUGUUGAAGGAUUCUCCGAGUCCAUUGCCCCGGUGUUGAGAGAUGGAUACAAUAUCAGGGUGAGCAUCGUUGAACCGGGGCCAGUCAAGACGGAGCUUUUCAACAAGGUCCUUGGUACACCGUUUGAAGAACAAGCCAAAGAUUUCGACCCCGUCCUGCGAGAAGUAUUCCUUACAAAUGUAAAGCGCAUGAUGACGUCUGCGAUGCUUUCGGUAACUCAAAGCGCUGAUGAGAUAGCCAAGCUGCACAUGGAUAUCAUUCUGAGUGAGAAACCUCACCUGCGCUAUCAGACGACCGAAAACCUGACAAAAGCGGCAGCCGAGAAGCUUCGAGAUCCAACCACGGAUUUUCUCCUCGAAAUGCUUGAGCAAGCUCAAGACAGGUAUUCUGCAAAGUAGCGUCAUGUAGGCCUAUAGUAAAGUCGCAACUGAACAAUCUGUUGCCAAGAGAAUUGGGUUUAGUUACGUUUUUUUCAUCUGCCACAGUGGAAAUUAUCAAAUUUAGCAAAAGACCAAAACAGCCUAGUUUGUUGAAUCGAUUUGUUAAAAAUUAAAGCUAGGUCUAAAUUGCGUGUGUGGGAAAGUAUUAAAUCUUUACUUAAUGCAGUAAUUAAGUAGUCGUCUCCUCAAAGAUAGACCUGCGACAAUGGUCACGCCCGCUUGGUUUACACUCUGUGCUGUCCUAUUAGUGUGGUAGGUUGGUCCUAAGUCCCAUUGGUCCGAAGUCCCAUUGGUCCGAAACAUAAUACUGUGUAGUUCCACUUGUUCAGAUUGACUGACCCUAACCCUAGCCCUAAUUCUAUGGGGCGUCGGACCAAUGGGACUUCGGACCAAUAGGACUUCUGACCAUUGGUACUUUGGACCAAUGGGACGUCGGACCAAUGGGACGCUUAUACCAAUGAAACGUAUCGAGCAAUGGGCCGUCGGACCAAUGGGACUUUGGACCAAUGGGACUUUGGACCAAUGGGACUUUGGAC